AUGAUUUCCAAGAAUUCUCUCUCUCGUGUCAAGAUCUCUCAAAAAGCAGCAGAAAAUGAGACAUGUAUUCCUAAUAUCCAGGAUGGUUCUUUGUGCAAGAGUAAAUAUGAUCAGGAUAUUGGGACUGGUAAAACUAACCAUAUGCUCGAUGGAGGAAAUUGUCAGUAUCAGAAGCAGCCAUUACCUUUGAUCAAUUCUGAAACGGUUGGGAGAAUGGAAUCUACACCAGCCACCUCAAACCUAGAAACAAUUUUUUCAACUCUCCUGGAGUCCAUGGACGUUCACGGUGAACUACAUUUUUACGUUGAUGAAGGGAGUGACAAACAUAUUGAUGUUCCACAGUUGGUUGAAGAUAAUGAUGCCGACAGUGGUGGAAGUUCAUGUGAAUAUCAAGCUUGCAAUGUUUCAGAGUUUAACAUUUCUGACAUGAUACUUUCUGGCUUACCCAUUGAAGACAACUCAAUAUAUGAUUACAUUCCAGACACAGCUUGCUUACCUGACUACAAAUGUGAUGAGCCAAGUAUGUUUUUUAAUGUGGCUGAGGAAUGUAUGAUGCUACCUUUCCUCGAGGAUACCACGGAAACAAGCAAUGGCCAUGAUAACGAAACACGUGAAGAAAGCAUAAUAAAGUCUGAUGAUUCAAGCUUAUAUCUAGCAAUCCAUCAAUUGAGAUCCUGCAACCAGGAUUCUGAUGUUAAUUUCUGUACCGACUCAGAUGAAGCAGAGUUUUUUGAUCCACACAUGUUCAUCAGAAAUCUACCAGACCUACCAGAUGUGUCACCCAGUUUUCGGCCCACCUUAUUGCCAAAGGAAACACGGAAAGUGAAAUCUGUAACCUUAGUUCUUGAUUUGGAUGAAACGUUAGUCCACUCCACAUUGGAAUAUUGUAAUGAUGCGGAUUUUACCUUUUCAGUGGUUUUCAACAUGAAAGAGCACACUGUGUAUGUGAAACAGCGGCCUUACCUCCGGACUUUUCUGGAGAGAGUUGCAGAGAAAUUUGAAAUUGCAAUCUUCACAGCCAGUCAAAGCAUAUAUGCAAAACAACUUCUGGAUAUACUUGAUCCGGAUGGAAAGAUCAUUUCACGCCGAGCUUAUCGUGAGUCAUGCAUUUUUUCAGAUGGAAAUUACACCAAGGACUUAACGAUUUUAGGUGUGGAUCUUGCAAAAGUUGCAAUAAUUGAUAAUUCACCACAGGUUUUCCAGUUGCAAGUGAAUAAUGGGAUUCCUAUUAGGAGUUGGUUUGAUGACCCAUCAGAUUGUGCAUUGAUUUCAUUACUUCCUUUCCUAGGGACCCUGGUUGAUGCUGAUGAUGUACGUCCUAUCAUUGCUAAGAGAUUCGGUAACAAGGAAUAAGACCCCUUGUCCUCUCCUUAUUACCCCCAUUUUAUCAUCUCCUGUCCCUGUCAUCUCAUUUUAAGCAGAAACUAUCCUCCACCUUAGAUGUUCAUCAGACAUCCUUUUCUACUUCUUGAUAUAAAUUCCUAUAGAAUAAAAAAAGGAUAAGUUGGUGCUGUUGUUUCCAGCGUUUGGUGCUUGUUUCUUUUCUUUUCUAUUCUCUUUUGACAGAUAGGUGGUCGAUCUAAUUGUUGAAAAGGUACUUGCAAAGAGCUUCUCUAUACUCUAUAUCUGCAUUGUACAGUCAUAGAUGCUUAGCUAAUCACAAGCAUAUGUAUAUCCAUUGUUUUGUUGUGAAGUAAAUUUUGUGAAUUCUAAAUUGCGUUAUAUCUGUUUACAUCAGUAUGCAAUCGUAUUUUUGAC